CUUGCUAGGCCCAGGAUGUGCACCGGCCCAAGGCCUGCUCGGGCCCGAACCUCGCUAGGCCCAGGUUGUGCACUGGCCGAGAGCCUGCUGGGCCCAAACCUUACUAGGCACAGGAUGUUCACUGACUGGACCUGCUCAGGCCUAACCUUGCCAGGCCCAGGAUAUGCACUGGCCCAGAGCGUGCUCAGGCGGAACCUUGCCAGGCCCAGGAUGUGUGCUGGCCGUAAGCCUGCUGAGGCCCAAACCUGUUCGUUCUAGGGUUUUGUACAAAAUCCUGCUUUAGCCUAAAUCCUGCUUACCCUUGACCCCCUCCUAGACCCAGGCCAGAUCAGCAUUGUUCUGACACUACUAGGUCCAAAGCCUUUUGAGGCCAGACCUUGUUUCAACUCCAAAGCCUGCUAGGUUCAAGCACCCCCCAUCCCUACUCAUACCACCCCCUUCUCCCCCUAUGAAAACCGCUUGCCUAUUUUUCAAACAGGCCAAGUCAUGGCAGCCACUGAGAUCUCUGUCCUUUCUGAGCAAUUCACCAAAAUCAAAGAACUCGAGUUGACGCCGGAAAAAGGCCUGAAGGAGGAGGAAAAACACGGAACGUGCAGAGAGAAAGACCAUCGGAGCCCUAGUGAGUUGGAGGCCGAGCGUACCUCUGGGGCCUUCCAGGACAGCGUCCUGGAGGAAGAAGUGGAGCUGGUGCUGGCCCCCUCGGAGGAGAGCGAGAAGCACAUCCUGACCCUGCAGACGGUGCACUUCACUUCUGAAGCUGUGGAGUUGCAGGAUAUGAGCUUGCUGAGCAUACAGCAGCAAGAAGGGGUGCAGGUGAUGGUGCAGCAGCCUGGCCCUGGGUUGCUGUGGCUUGAGGAAGGGCCCCGGCAGAGCCUGCAGCAGUAUGUGGCCAUUAGUGUCCAGCAAGAGCUGUACUCCCUGCAAGAGAUGGAGGUGUUGCAGUUCCACGCUCUAGAGGAGAGUGUGAUGGUGGCCAGUGAAGACAGUAAGUUAGCGGUGAGCCUGGCUGAAAGUGCUGGACUGAUUAAGCUCCAGGAAGGGCAGGAGAAGAACCAGUUAUUGGCUGAAAGAAGAUUGGCUGAAAGAACAAAGGAGCAGCUCUUUUUUGUGGAAACAAUGUCAGGAGAUGAAAGAAGUGACGAAAUUGUUCUCACAAUUUCAAAUUUAAAUGUGGAAGAACAAGAGGAUCAACCUACAGCUGGUCAAGCAGAUGCUGAAAAGGCCAAAUCUACAAAAAAUCAAAGAAAGACAAAGGGAGCAAAACGAACCUUCCACUGUGAUGUCUGCAUGUUCACCUCUUCUAGAAUGUCGAGUUUUAAUCGUCAUAUGAAAACUCACACCAAUGAGAAGCCUCACCUGUGUCACCUCUGCCUGAAAACCUUCCGUACAGUCACUCUGCUGCGUAACCAUGUUAACAUCCACACAGGAAACAGGCCCUAUAAAUGUAACGACUGCAACAUGGCAUUUGUCACCAGUGGAGAACUCGUCCGACACAGGCGCUAUAAACAUACUCAUGAGAAGCCCUUUAAAUGUUCCAUGUGCAAGUAUGCCAGUGUGGAGGCAAGUAAAUUGAAGCGCCAUGUCCGAUCCCACACUGGGGAGCGCCCCUUUCAGUGUUGCCAGUGCAGCUACGCCAGCAGAGACACCUACAAGCUGAAACGCCACAUGAGAACGCACUCAGGUGAGAAGCCUUACGAAUGCCACAUCUGCCACGCCCGCUUCACCCAGAACGGGACCAUGAAAAUACAUAUUCUGCAGAAACAUAGCGAAAAUGUCCCCAAAUACCAGUGUCCCCAUUGUGCCGCCAUCAUUGCACGGAAAAGCGACCUACGUGUGCAUAUGCGCAACUUGCAUGCUUACAGCGCUGCAGAGCUGAAAUGCCGCUACUGUUCUGCUGUCUUCCAUGAACGCUAUGCCCUCAUGCAGCACCAGAAAACUCAUAAAAAUGAGAAGAGGUUCAAGUGCGAACACUGCAGUUACGCCUGCAAGCAGGAACGUCAUAUGACCGCUCACAUUCGUACCCACACUGGAGAGAAACCAUUCACCUGCCUUUCUUGCAAUAAGUGUUUCCGACAGAAGCAACUUCUAAACGCUCAUUUCAGGAAAUACCACGAUGCAAAUUUCAUCCCGACUGUUUACAAAUGCUCCAAGUGUGGCAAAGGCUUUUCCCGCUGGAGUAACGUGCACAGACAUUCGGAGAAGUGUGGUUCAGGGGAAGCAAAGUCGGCUGCUUCAGGAAAAGGAAGAAGAACAGGAAAGAGGAAGCAGACCAUCCUGAAGGAAGCCACGAAGGGUCAGAAGGAAGCCGCGAAGGGAUGGAAGGAAGCCGCGAACAGAGACGAAGCUACUGCUGAGGAGGCUUCCACCACGAAGGGAGAACAGUUCCCAGGAGAGAUGUUUCCUGUCGCCUGUGGAGAAACCACAGCCAGAGUCAAAGAGGAAGUGGAUGAAGGCGUGACCUGUGAAAUGCUCCUCAACAUGAUGUAUAAGUGAGAGGGAUUCAGGUUGCAUGUUCACUGCCCCCAAUUCCUAAAGCAAGUUAGAAGUUUUUAGCAUUUAAGGCAUGAAAUGCUUCUCAACACGAUGGAUAAGUGAGAGAGAGUCAGGUUGCAUGUUCACUGCCCCUAAUUCCUGAAGCAAGUUAGAAAUUUUUAGCAUUUUCUUUGAAACAAUUAAGUUCAUGACAAUGGAUGACAUAAGUUUGAGGUAGUGUCUAGAAUUGUUCUCCUGUUUGUAGCUGGAUAUUUCAAAGAAACUUUGCAGGUAUUUUAUAACAGUUUUAAACCUUGAAUAAGAGGGUAACACCUCAAACCUAUGAAUUCAUUCACUUGAUAUUGGCAAGGUGGCCCACAAUGAGUGAGUAGUGAUUUUGGGAUAUUUCAAAAUAGUCUAGACCAGCUAGUGCUUCCACAGUCAAAGCUGGAAAUUUUUAUGUUGCAUUAUAUACACCCAUGAUAUUUCUAAUAAUAUAUGGUUUUAAACAUUAAAGACAAAUAUUUUUAUACAAAUGAAUUUUCUACAAAAUUUAAAGCUACCAUAAUGCUUUUAAUUAGUUCUAAAUUCAACCAAAAAAUGUUUUAAUCUUAUACAAAGGAAAACUGAGUAGGAAAUGAAAAACUAGAUUAGACUAGAAAAUAAGGAAUAAAUCUAUUUUACUUUGGUAUAGGAGCAAGGUUCACCUUAAGAUUUUUGUAUUCUCUUUUGAUUAUGUUCCUUGGCAGGUAUGAAAUUGCCCUGGUUACAUUCCAUUAUUGCUUGUUAGUAUUUCACUCCAUAACCCUUUUUUCUGCUAAAACUACUCUUUUUAUAUUUUUAAAAUAAUUGGCAGAGUGAGAAGAAACAUAAAAUCAGAUAAUGCAAAUGUGUACCUGUAAGGAAUUUGUACUUUUUCAUAAUGCCCAGUGAUUAGUGAGUAUUUCUUUUUUGCCAGUUGACAAGAUUUUUCCACCCUCGAGCAGCAUGAGAGAUGCCUCUUUAACACUUGAAAUUAAUUUCUAUCUGUAUACAGAGCCAGAUUUUUCUUCGUUGCUUAGUUGAGCAGUUUCUUUUGCUGCAAACCUGUCUCCACCCCUGUAUUUCAAGAUCAUUGGUAAGCCCUAAAUUCAGAUUCUUAAGAUGUGGACCUUUUACUGAAAAUAUCACAAGUUCAGAAGCCCUAUACAAUGUGAAUAUGUGGAAAUAAUUUCCCAGCAGGAAGAGCAUUAUACUCUCUUUGUACCAGCAAAUUAAUUCAACUCAACUCACAUGAGAUUUAAAUUCUGUGGGCUGUAGUAUGCCAUCAUUGUGACUGAAUUUGUGCAAUGGUUUCUUAAUUUUACUGUUAUUUAAAGAUGUUUUACAUAAUUCAAUAAAAUGAAAUGACUUAAAAUUGCUA